UGUCUCAUGUUUGGCUUUUGAGUUUUUAACAUCGUCGAUCGCGAAGCACUGCACUUGGGCAUUCUUUAUUGAAUAACCACGAGUCAGGCUAGACCAGUUAUUUUGUUUUUUCUUGCCGGAAAGUAAACACCGUGCAAACGGCUGGCAUGUUAUGUUUCGCGUGCGGAGUGUGAAGGAGAGAAAUUAAGUAGUCGACGGUUAGUACUGAAUCCUGAUUGUUAGCAUUAUCGCGACGCACAGCAGCCAUGUCCAAGCUACUCAGCGCGGCGGAAUUCGACCGCACGCUAGAAGCCAUCAACCGGCCCACCCGCGGGGAGCAGUACCCUUUCCUGCUGCAGGCCAUCCAGGACGCGGGCAUCGGCAGUCGCGCGGAACUGGCGCUCUUCCUGGCCAACAUCUACCACGAGAGCGAGGGACUGCAGUAUGUCGCCGAGAUCGGCGGGGGCGCCGGCAAGGGCUACGAAGGGGGCGAUAAAUACUACGGCCGCGGCUAUAUUCAGUUAACUCAUAUCUACAAUUACCGCGACGCCUCGCAAGCCAUCUUCGGCGAUAAGACCGUGCUGGAACGGAAUCCCGAGCGCGUGGAGCAGGAGCCCCAACUGGCCUGGGGCGUCACGGCUUGGUUCUGGAAAGCCCGGGUGAAGCCGAUGGGCGUGGCCAACUUGGAGCAGACAGUGCGCGCCAUCAACAGCAACGAACUAAAGGGCUACAACCCGGCGCUGGAGCGCCGCUACCAGUUCCUGGAGGCCAUCUCCCAGGUGCUGGGCACCGGCGCCGACGCGGGCGUGGCCGGCAAGAAAAGCCUGCACAAACCGCUGCCCACGGGCGGGACGGAAUACAUCGUCAAGGCGGGCGAUUCCUUGUGGGAGAUCGGACAGAAGCACGGCGUGGACUACCACCAAAUCGCCAGCGACAAUAACAUCCCAGAUCCGACGCUGAUUCAUCCCGGGAUGAAGCUGAUCAUCAAGGGGACGGCAGCGCCCGCGGGCGGUAGUGCUAGCGGACAGCAUCCGGGCGGGAAUGCUAGUCGGCAGAGUCCCGCCGGCGGAGAAACGACGUACGUCGUGAAAGCCGGGGAUUCAUUGUGGGAAAUUGGGCAGAAAUUCGGGACGACGUUCCAGCAGAUCGCCAGCGACAAUAACAUCCCGGACCCGACGCUGAUCCAUCCAGGGAUGAAGCUGGUCAUCCGCGGCAGUCCAACCGCCGCCGGAAGUGCGCCGCCCACGGCGGGCGGACGACCUAGCGCAGGCGGUGGGGAGAAAAUCCACGUGGUGCAGCCGGGCGAUACCCUGUAUGUCAUUGGGCAGAAGUACGGGGUCAAUUUCCUGCAGAUCGCCGCCGACAAUCAGAUCGCCGAUCCCAAUGUCAUUUUCCCGGGGAUGAAACUGCGCAUCGGCGGUGGUCAGGCGGCACAGGGAAGCGCGCCGGUCGCCGGCGGAAAUGGUGGACGGGGUCCGGCGCCGUCCGCCGGUGGGCGGCAGUACACGGUGCGGCCGGGCGAUUCGCUGUGGGAGAUCGGGCAGAAACACGGGGUGGACUACCACCAGAUCGCCGAGGUCAACAAGAUUGCCGAUCCCACCAAGAUCUUCCCGGGACAGGUGCUGAACAUUCCUUGAAAUAUUUGGAACUAUUCUUGGUUAUUCAAAUCUCAUUUGUAAAUCCGUUUAGCAGCGCGUUUAAUAAUCGUGGUACCCUAGUAUACUGUAAUUGUAUUAAUUAUUAUUUUAUUACAAUUUUAUUAUUAAUUUUUAUUAUAAUUAUUUUGCUGUGAGCCGCUAAUACACAGUACAAUAAUCUGUGCGCGAAAUAAAAUUAAUAUGUAUAGAA